UCAGGUCUCUCGAUUGACGCACACCUCAGCCGGCUGGGAGACGGCUUUCUUGCGUACCCUUCACAUUCUCGGUCCGAGUAUCGCUCACCUCUCCCUCUGGCACUCCGAGUCUCGCACUUUGCUGCGAGACGCGGGUCAGAUUCGCAGUAAGAGGAAUCUGCGAGGGAGCGAUCCAGCCUGGGCUUGGGGAGAAGACGAGGAGAUCGACUUCGACGAGGAGUCUGAUGAAGAUUUCGACGAAUUAAGGCCGAAAGAUGGCGGCAAGACUGGCUCUGAGGUGAUACGAAGUCCAGAAGAAGUGGCAGCGAUGAGGGAGAGAGCUCGACAACGUCUUCCCAAUUGGCUACAGGCCGAGCUCACUUCAUCCUCUUCUGCCGGUGAAGUGGCAAGGCGGCAUCGAGCGCAUCUGCAACCACUUGGCGAUCCCUCGGACUCUACCUCUUCGGUAUCAGGAGGACCUGACCUGCUAGAGUCCCACCUAGUGGCCGAGCGCCGCCUGCGCCUCAAGCGGGAUCGGCGUCUCCUGAAAGGCUGCAGGCCUACAUCUCUCUCCAUCGUCCUCUCUCUUCCACUGUUUGAGAAUCAGGAACCAGCCCUCUUCGCCUCGAUGGUCGUCUUUUCCCGCUGCGAGGAGCUGGACGUGUAUAUGCCAGUGCCCGCCCAUGCGCCCAAGUUGCUAUGGCUGCUGAGCCAUUUGCAUCGCAGCCCCCUGCGGAGAAUCAAGGUUACCACGAAUCACUUUUCAUUGUGCAUGAGUGCGGGUCCUUUCGACCAGGCGGGCGAAGCAAAGAGAAGGCGGACAGAGAGGGAGGAGCGGAGAAAGAGGAAGAGAUGGCGAGCUCAGGUAGCUAGUAAUCCUCAAGAAGACGGAGAGGAAGGCUCGGGUCUCUCCUUGCAGCCCUACCCUGUGACUGAACAGGGCGAGGAUCCUUCUGCACCACAGCAGAAACGGCCCAUCAAUCUGGCCACCUCCCUUCGCCUUUUCCUCGAGUCAGAGACCAUUCGGCAAGCUCUGCUGUGGGAAUUUACUGGGAGGCACUACGAUCGCCCGCAAAGGCUGGAGAAGGUUCUUCAAGACGUGGCUCUCAAGAGUCAGGACGUGGACCCGGAGAUGUUUGUGCGCGAUGGAGCGACAAGUGCGCUUGGUUCUGUGCAUCAAUGGUGUAAUAGUGCGGGGGAAGUGCUGGCCGACGUCCUGUCGACGAGCCUGUCCCUCGACGGGACCCUGUCCGCCUCUGCCACUGCUCAGUCUGCUCCCUCUUACGAAGACGGGGAUGAUCACGGGGAUUGUCUUGCCGGCAGCUCGCCUCUCAUGCGGGUCAGGGUGUUGCAGGGCAAUCAAGGAGGUGCAGGAAAGAUGAAGGACCGGCGAGAAGACUUCAUCGAGAGGUCUCUCGGGCUGGGAGAGGGCAUCUGGAAGCGGUGUGGUCUCUGGGACGAUGAGUGAGCGGACUGCAACCACGGAAGAGUCGCAAUGGAUGCGAUUCGAUUCGAGCUGUAUACACAUAGAAUUCCCAAUAUAGUGAUCGGCUCUGCCUC